GCUUAGGCUCGACAGUCAGUCGAGCAUCCAAGUCUGGCAGGCCUUCAGUAGCACUUUCGAGCUGCAAACGUGUGAUCGUCAGUUUAGCAUUCGCGGUUCGCGAGCGCAGUGAUCAUCGAUUGGAGAGCCCUCCACAGAGCAGUCCUCCAGUUCUUCAAACGAGACUAAACCGCCGAGCGCCAAGUGGGGAAAUCCCUUCCGAUUGGGAUCUAGAGUGGCAAUUGUUUGUGCCGAGAAUUGGGAUUUACCCUCGAACAGGCAAAAGGGGCAUUGUGCGUUGUGAGAAGAAAAUCGAGCGAGAAGCCAAGAAGCCAGAAGAGAACGCAGUGCUGAAGCUGAACCAGUGCGCGAACAAGUCGGGAAGAUACGAGUGCGAGUUGAGCUCUGAACAGAAGAAGUGUUUCGUGAGGGGUUUGGUUCAGAAGGUGAGUGCAGAGCUAGCUGAAGAAUACGGAAGAUGCGGAACGUGUGGAUUUUAGUGGCCAGCGCUCUGCUGGCGUUUGCCAACUUUGUCAAAUCGCAGGACUCGGCCAGGAACCUGUACAGCUCGAGAUACGACAACUUGGACAUCGACACAAUUCUUGGCAGCAACCGGCUGGUCAACAACUACGUGGAUUGUUUGCUCAGUCGAAAGCCGUGCCCACCGGAGGGAAAGGAUUUGAAACGAAUUCUACCAGAAGCUCUUCGUACGAAAUGUGCCCGCUGUUCCGUGACUCAGAAAGAAAACGCGCUGAAGAUCAUUACCACACUGUACUACAGCUACCCGGAUCAGUACAUGGCCUUGCGUGAGCGAUGGGAUCCCUCGGGAGAAUACCACCGGCGGUUCGAGGAGUACCUGCAAGGAAUUCAGUUCAACCAGAUCGGCAGCAACGGUAAUGAUCGUCCGGUAAGAAACGACUUCGAUCGCGACCAAUCGCAGGUCCUGCUGCAGACGUUGAUCCUCUCGUCUACUACCGUGGCACCGUCAUCACCACCACAACCACAACCACAGUCCCCGAAUGCGCUUCCCAAUGGACCCGAGCAACGACCCCAACAAUUGGCUCCAUCGGCACAGCUAACACAACCGGUAGCACCUGUUUCACUUACUUCUACCACUACAACCACAACCGCCUCCAGUACUUCUACUACCACUUUACCUACUACCACUACUACCUCCACUACCACUGAGGCUGCUACCACUACUACUAGUACUACCACUACCACUACGUCUACCGUUCCCAAUCCUUCUACUUUGGGCUCUAGUAGCAGCAUGACCAAUUCGGCGGCGGCAGUGGUGGCUACUAGCCAAACGCCCGGAACGGUAGCUCCCGUGAUCAACCCGCUUCCAUCGUGGAUGUUCGAUCGCCGGCCUCAGGAACAACAAUCACAGCAACUGCAAGAACAAGCCACCAUCAUCACUACACAAUCACGUCCGAGCCAGCUAGUUGCGAUUGGCGUUCAAAAUUCCCUUCCGAUCGUUUCCGAACAAUCGAAUGCGAAUCAAAAUUUCAACCGCCCUAUGAAUUUGGCUGAGCCUGCAACGACGACGGCCCGGACACCCACAAUCACGCCCUCUAGAAUCAUCCUCAGACCGGUCGACGGUUUAGAUUUCUCCACAAACACGCGUCCCACGGUGGGAACCUUAGGCAAUCGAUUUGGCAACGAUGAUCAAAGUCCGGCGGCAGAAUUGGGAACGGCAGCGCCAAGUCCGGCAACCGUGCGACCAACCACUAGACCAGUAGUCCGACAGACGACUUCACGAAUUGUGACUCCUCGACCGACUCCGAACAGAUUUCAGUUCGAAGCGGCACCGGCCAUACCCGUUCCGGUGUUCCGUCCUCAGCAGCCCGCCCAGGGCCAGGUUCAAGUAUUUGCACAACCAGCACCAGCACAAGCACAACCACAAGCACCCCCACAAACACAAGUCAUCUCCUCAUCAUCUUCGAUUGCCGUUGGCGGCUUCGGAAACGGCCAGACCACUCCCAAUAACAUAAUCGAUAACUUUUUUAUUCCACCCGGCCAGGGCCAGGGAGGAUUUGCGGCCAACAACCCGAAUGCGAGUCCCAUCGUCGGUCUGUUCAACACCAUCGGGAACAAGUUAGCAACGACGGCCGAUGCCAUCGCCGGAAUGCUCCGAAAAACGGUGGAUGUCCUCGUGACUACGCACCUGCAGGCCCAUCAACAGCGAAGAUCCGUCCGAAGCAAUUAGGAGGUUGGGGCGGCGAAUCCCAGAAGCGCAGAAGGAGCGGAACGAUGAUGUGAUUCUUGCCGUUUUAGGCAUUAAGAGUGAAACUGCUUGGCAGAUUUAUAUUUUUAUAUGCUGAUUAUAUGUAACUUAUAUUCAUGAAUAAUUAUAGUACUUAGGAUGGACAGAGGUUGGAGGACAGAAGGUCGAAUGAACAAAAGGUCAACAGGACAACAAUUCAGAUGAACAAAAGGUCGUAUGGUGAAACGGACAAAACAUGAUACCUUUUUGUCUCAAAUUCCGAAUAUUCAAGUUUUGUAUGUAGAUUUCGUUGAAACUUUUUACUGAACUAUGUCCAUGAAUUUGCAGGAAAGGGCGAUCUUUUGCAUCUCAAGUUUAAUGCCUUUAUCGCUAAUUCAGAUCAGUUCGUAUGAUGUUUUUAAGUCAUUAAUAGUUUUUACAUUCGACCUUUUUCCAUUGGAUCUAUCGUAAUUCGAGUUCCUGUCUAUUCGACCUUAUGCCUUGCGACCCUAUGCCACAGAUUAUUGACAGAAAGUAUUCAAAAGUCUCCUCGAAUCAGCGGUACAAAGCAGAACAGACGAAGAAAGGAUUAGCGAGCGCGCCUUAUCGCCAAUGGCCCUAGUUGUAGUUCGAAAUUGGCUUCUUUUUUCAGAAUGGUGAUAUUGGAGCGGAAUUUGUGCUUGAAUUUUCUGGGAGGAAAAUUAGGCUACAGAAGUGUAGCUGGUUUAUCUUUGAGAACUGCUUUCCAUAGCAAUACUGGGAGAGACUAAACGGAGAUAGACAGGGCAGAGCAGGGGAUGAGAACGGAGAGCGAAGGAAGCGUUAUUAUGUAGUCGAUAAGUUUUAGUAAAGAUUAUCCAUUUUCAAAGCUCUA